AUGGUGACUAUUGUGUCUGACGCGCCUGUCUGUAUGAUGCUCGACAGUCCUUAUAAAGCACUGAAGGCGGCGGCUGCAGGGGACAUUGCAGAUCUGGAACGACUUUGCACGGCGGAACCGAAGAGCGUGGGCGUGAAAGACAAGCGAGGAUGGGCGGCUUUGCACCACGCCGCCCUCAACAACCGCCCAAUGUCUGUCGUUUUGCUGGCUCGAUACGGGGCGGACCUCAACGCGAGAGACAAAGAGGGAAGGACCGCUCUCCAUCUCGCGGCGCUGGGAGAUUCUUACGAGGCGAUGGAAGCUCUUGUCGACAGUGGUUGCAACUUGCAAUUGAAAGACGACGACAAUAACACUCCGUUGCAUUUGUCUGUCAUUCACAACAAGGUGAAGGCGGUCGGUAAACUGGUCAUGCAUUUGGACGAGUCAGGCAUUCUGCAAGGCGACCGGCAGGGGAGAACCGCUCUGCACUUAGCGGCAGAGCUCGGCCACGAAAUGUGUGCUCAGAUGUUGCUCGACCGAUACACCGGCCCGCCCACCCAGCGCUGCAACAACGGCUACCUCCCCAUCCACGUGGCCGCCCGCAACUCGUCCGUGGGCGUAGUGAGGCAUUUGAUCAAGUGGGCGGAAGAGAGGGCGUGCGAGAGGGAGAUGAUGGCGAUCCCGGAUUUGGACGGGAAUAUACCCCUCCACCAAGCUGUUCAAGGCAGGGCGAUUAAGGUGGUCGAGCAGUUCCUGAAGGUGGGCGCCCUGAUCUCGACCCAACAGCUCGAUCUGUCGACGCCCGUCCAUCUCGCGUGUUCCCAGGGCGCCCUUGACGUCGUGAAGCUGAUGUUCAAUUUACAGCCUCAGGAGACGGCGAGGGUUCUUGUGACCACGGACGCCCGAGGAAUGACUCCGCUUCACUGUGCCGCCAUGUUCAACCAUUAUGAACUCGUCGCUUUUAUUCUUGAACAGGGCGCCUCCAUCGACGCCACCGACAGGAAGGGCAGGUCGCCGCUCCUGCUGGCUGCUGCCCACGGCGGCUGGCUCACCAUAGGCGUGCUGCUCUCCCAUGGCGCUGACGUGACCUUGCGUGACCUGAAUGGCCGAAACCUGGUCCAUGUGGUUGUCAUGAAUGGGGAGAGUGUGUGCAAACUGUUGGCUCUUGUGCAGGAUAAGGAUAAGCAGAUGAAAUCAAAGCUCCUCUCUCUCCUGAACGAGAGAGACUCCAAGGGCUGGACGCCGCUGCACUACGCCUCGAAGGGGGGGCGGCUCUGCGCUCUCUACUUCCUGCUGAGUCUCGGCGCCUGCGUUAGGGUCAGGGACCAGCAGAACGAGAACCCGCUGCACUUCGCCGCUAAGUUAGGACGCUACAACACGGUGAAGAAACUCCUGGAAUCCGACGACGGCUUUUUCAUCCUCAAUCAGUGGAAUAAUGAAGGAAAAACUGCCCUGCACCUCGCGAGUCAAGCAGGUCACACUCGAGUGGUCCAGCUCCUCCUCAGCAAAGGGGCGCUCCUCCACCGCGACCACCAAGGGCGAACUCCACUCCACCUGGCGGCUGAAGGUGGCCACUCAAGAACCAUCACGGCGAUCCUGGCCAUCCACGGCCACACGCUCAACCAGAGGGAUAAGGAUGGGAACACCGCCCUGCACCUCGCCGUCCGCGCCAACAUGCCCGAGGUCGUGACUCACCUUCUCAACCUGGACUGCACGCUCGUCGAGAACAACAUGUCUUACAAACCGAUCGACUGCGCCAUCACCUUCAAGAUACAUGAGGCUGCCCUGGCGAUGGUGACGCAUCCGAGAGGGCCGAUCGAGGUUUUGCAACAGCCCAGCAAGAUCCACGGCCUCGUGUGUCUGGCGAUCAUCCGGAAUUUGCCGAAGGUGUUCGAGGUGGUCCUCACGCAGGCCAUCGUCAAGUCGGACAUCAAGGAGAACUCGAAGGAAUUUUACAUUCGCUACAGGUUCUACCCGUUGCAACUGAACCGCGAUCACCUAGAGCUGGAACGCUUGCAACAGAACGAUCCCAAGUGGCUGCCGAACCCGCUGAUGGCUUGCAAUGAGAUGGUGAAGUGCGGGCGGGUGGAGCUGCUCCUCCACCCCCUCACGCAGAAGUUCCUCGAGAUGAAGUGGGAAGCUUACGGCCGCUUCAUCCACAUGUUCAACCUGGCGCUGUACGUCGUGUUCCUCGGCCUCGUCACCUUCUUCGGCGUGGGGCUCCUGGCGACGCUGGACCCCGAGGCUUCUGCUUCUGUUGCCGAUGGUAAGGGCGUAUUCGACGACGCAGACGACGAUCGGAACGCGACGGAGGAAGCUCUCGACACCACACGGGGUUCCUCGGCCACGGGAGGACCUCGGACGGAUCUUAAGGACGACGACCCGACAUCGGAAGCUUCUCCAAGGAACUCGAUCGUCGCCUGGAUGUUCUCGCGGAAGGAGGGACAGAAAAAGAACAUAAACAUCACAAUGUCCACCUAUAUAACCAGCCUCUGCAUCAUGGUGUACGCUGUGUAUGGGAUCUUAAGGGAACUGGUGCAGCUCUACCAUCAGAAUUUUAGGUACCUAGCCUCGCCCAUCAACAUAGUGGAAUGGACGCUCUACGCCACGUCAAUAAGGAUGGUUCUCCCAGUCUACCUCGAAGGACGCUGGGACGGUUCGCAAGCCAUCUACGCUGCCCUGGCCCUGCUGACGGCUUGGUUCACCUUGCUCCUCUAUUUCCAGAGGUUCAACAACAUCGGCUUGUACGUCGCCAUGUUCUUGGAGAUCCUGAACACACUGCUGAAGGUGUUCUUCGUGUUCUCCGUUCUCAUCGUGGCGUUCAGUCUGGCGUUUUUCAUCCUUAUGUCUCACGGCGGCCACCUGUCUUUCUCCACCGUGCCCAUGUCGAUGCUCCACACAGUCUCUAUGAUGAUCGGCGAAGUGGAUUUCCUACAGGUGUUUGUCUACCCUUUCUACAGGGAGAGUGAAAGGGGCACUUAUAUCCCCUUCCCUGGGACGACUUUUAGUACGUAA